AUGAACAGCAUGGCCGACACCGAUAGAGUCAACCUGACCCCCAUUCAGAGGGCGUCUGAGAAGUCCGUGCAAUACCACCUCAAGCAGGUCAUUGGGAGAGGAUCUUAUGGGGUAGUUUAUAAAGCCAUCAACAAACAUACAGACCAAGUUGUGGCGAUCAAAGAAAUCGUGUAUGAGAGCGAUGAGGAGCUCAACGACAUUAUGGCAGAAAUCAGCCUUUUGAAGAACCUAAAUCAUGACAACAUUGUUAAAUACCAUGGUUUCAUACGAAAAAGCUACGAGCUGUAUAUCCUCCUCGAGUACUGCGCUAAUGGCUCUCUGAGGAGGCUCAUCUCCAGAAGUUCUACUGGCUUGAGUGAAAAUGAAUCGAAAAGCUAUGUCACACAGACCCUUUUGGGGCUAAAAUACCUUCACGGGGAAGGUGUCAUCCACAGAGACAUCAAGGCGGCUAACAUCCUGCUGAGCGCAGAUAACACUGUCAAACUCGCUGAUUUCGGCGUCUCCACUAUUGUGAACUCCAGUGCUUUGACCCUUGCCGGCACGCUCAAUUGGAUGGCUCCAGAGAUCCUUGGCAACAGGGGAGCCUCUACACUUAGCGACAUUUGGUCUUUGGGGGCCACUGUCGUUGAAAUGCUCACAAAGAACCCACCCUACCACAAUCUAACAGAUGCUAAUAUCUACUACGCUGUCGAGAAUGACACCUACUACCCGCCUAGCUCCUUCUCUGAGUCACUAAAGGACUUCUUGUCCAAGUGCUUUGUGAAGAACAUGUACAAGAGGCCAACAGCUGACCAACUGCUCAAGCACGCGUGGAUCACCUCCACGGAAAACGUGAAGGACGACAAGCUCAAUAAAUUUAAGGAGGACUUCACCGACGCUGACUACCAUUGGGAUGCCGACUUUCAAGAGCAAAAAUUGGACCUAUCUCCCUCUAAAUUCAGUUCAGCAACGGCUCCUGCCGCCUGGACAGAGAACAAUCAAGAAAUGGAUAUGAUCCCCCCCACUGAGAGCCAAUUGCUGAGUCAAUUGAAGAGUUCAUCCAAGCCUUUGACGGACUUGCAUGUACUCUUCAAUGUCUGCUCUCUAGAGAACAUCGCAGAUACACUUAUCGAAUGUCUAUUGCGCACGAGUGUCGCUGCACAGUUAAUAACCACAUUUGGCUCUAUCUUUGCCUACGACAUCCAGCAUAAUCACUCUAGAUUGCGACUCAAAUUCAUCGCCAUGGGGGGAAUCCCAUCCAUCGUCAAAUUCGAACACUUAGUCAAAUACUUCGUCAUCGACUAUUCUCAGACUUUGAUUGAAUGCGGAAUAAUGUAUCCGCCGAAUUUUGCAUUGCUGAAAACCCCCAAGUAUGUUUUGGAACUUGUGUAUAGGUUUUAUGAUUUAACAUCUACGGUCUUUUGGUGUCACUGGUGCUCCAAACACCUCAAUUUAUCGCUACUUCUCAGUAACAUCCAUGAAAGAAGGGCACAAUCUAUACUACUAAAACUGUCAUCAUACGCUCCCUGGUCUUUUGACAAAGUCUUGCCUUCUCUGAUCAACUAUAAACUUAAGAAGAAAAUUCUAACCAACCCUCAAAUCACUUACGUAGUCUUCAAAUCAAUAAACUAUAUGAUAACUACAAACGAUGAUAAAACUCACAAGUCUGCUGCCCCUUCUUCUUCCUCCUUGCCAUUAUCCUCUUCACCCACAAGAAACUCACCAUUGAACUCAGUGCAGUCUCCCUCAAGGUCCCCAGUUCAUUCUUUAAUGGCAACACGCCCAUCGUCCCCAACGCGACACAAAAGUGUCUCAAACUUCCCGCAUCUGACCAUAUCUUCAAAGUCAAGACUUCUCAUUGACUUGCCGGAAGGGUUUUUUACUUGGUUAACUUCAUUCUUCGUUGACAUGGCCCAAAUCAAAGAUCUUCCCGUUUUGAAGUAUUUCAUCAAACUUUGUUACCUUACAGUGCAUUUAAACAACACGUUGUUGAACGAUCUACUUGACAACAAUGCUUUUUUCGUCUUAAUCCAGAAUAUCGACACCAUCAUACUCUCUAAUGACGACAAAAAAACAGCAGCUUUCAUUUGGAAACAAAUCACUGCUAUAUGUGUUGACAUGAGUUUGGAUAUGGAACGAAUGAACCCUUCUUUGUUCUCCACAGCUAUAAAUUUCAUCAGAAGAAGAGACUACACGUCUAUUAGUGGGUUGGAGAUCAUAUUGAAUUGUUUGCAUUUCACACUGCGCAAUGCGCCUGAUGAUGUCGCUUCCACAAUGAGCUCAGCGGACUCUCAUAGUGUUUUUCUCAUAAAAAUCAACGAUGAAACGGUUAUUGACUUACCGAUUGAACAAUUAGUUGACCUGUUUUACGCAUUGAAUGAUGAUGACGUUAACCUCAGUAAGCUGAUUAACAUUUUCACUAAGAUAUGCUCAGUACCCAGUUUUGAAAACCUUGCAAUUAAUAUCAUAUUUCACCCGAAUUUUUAUGAAAAGACUGUUUUGUUUUUUAACACUUAUUUCAACAGCUUGCUUAUCCAAAUCGAUCUAUUGAAAUUCAUAAAGUUAAUAUUUACAAAGUCGCUAUUGAAAGUUUAUGACUACACGGGAUCCCCUGAUCCAAUAAAGCAGACGAAAUCAAACCAUCACAAUAAAGCCACCGUUUUCAAACUUCGGGCCAUCCUAGUAGAAAUAACAGAGUUCUUGAACAACAACUGGAACAAGAAUGAUCCAAAAAGGAAUUCCAAUCAAGUUGGGGGGGACUCGGUUUUGAUUUGCCAGCUAUGCGAGGAUAUUCGUUCAUUAUCAAAAAGGGGAGGCCUGCAAAAAGUUUCGAGUGUCACUGCAGCAAUUGGUAGUUCGCCGACAAGAGAUGAGCGUACUAAUUCGCAAUCUUCUAGAUCGAAAAGCGAUGCCUUUUCAGUACCCACUACAACAUUUCAAACAUAA